AGGGCUCGAGCUCUCGCCGCCGGUGGGAGAACGUGCGUGCGUUCGUACGUUCGUUCGUGCGUGCGUACGUGGCGUGCGCGGGCUGCCGCUUCGUCGGCGCGCUCGCCUCGCUCGCCGUGCCCGUGUAGCGUGGAGCCCAGGCGAUAUGGGAGAAUCGCGAGAAUCGUUCGCGCACGCGCGUAAUUGGGGGAGGAGCGCGGGCGCCAUCUGGCGGGCGCCGCCGACGUCCUCGUCCGCGAGGGAAAUCGCGACGUUAUCGACGACUUCGCGUGCGCGGUAUCAGCUCUGCUCCUGAGACACGCGAGAUAUUCCACGCCCUGGCACGUUGAAGCGAAACUGUAAUUGGUAUCGCGGCCUCAGUUAAUCUGCAUCGGUCACGCACGUUGCUACUCGCCCGCGUGUGCUGUGCGCGAGAUUACAUGAGAGCCGACUUUUAGUGAGUACGCCUCGCGAAUAUCCGCCGGCGCUUCCAAUUCCACCGUCCGCGAGUACCAGUUGGUAAUUGUCAGUUGUAAUGUCGAGCUCUUGACUCGCCACUUUCCGCACUUCGCCGGGAGAUCUCGCGGUGCGAAUGAAGAUGGGUCCGACGGUCUUCGCCUUAUUAUUGCACCUGUCGUCGGUUGCGUCGAGGAAUAUCGUGCUGAUUCUUACCGACGAUCAGGAUUCCGUUUUGGAUGGCAUGACGCCGAUGACAAACACUCUGAAUCUCAUAGGACGUCGGGGCGCGACAUUUACAAAUUGCUUUGCAGCCUCGCCGGUCUGCUGCCCCAAUCGCGCGAGCAUCCUGACCGGACUAUACCAGCACAAUCAUCUGACGGUGAACAAUUCCGUCGCCGGUAAUUGUAGUAGCCCGCAGUGGCAAGACGAACACGAGGUGUUGACAUACGCCACCCUUUUGAAAUACGUCGUCGGAUACACGACGUUUUACGCGGGGAAAUAUCUGAACCAGUACGGAACCAAGGAGGCCGGCGGCCCGGCUUAUGUGCCAGAAGGAUGGGACUGGUGGGCCGGUCUUGUAGGAAACUCGAGGUAUUACGAUUAUUCGUUAUCCAUAAACGGUACCGAGAGAAAGUACGGCAACAGCCCGAGCGAUUACCUUACCGACGUGAUCAAUAAUCUGGCAGUAGAUUUCAUCAAAGCGUAUUCCGGUAACAAACCCUUCCUCAUGGUGUUAGCACCGCCAGCUCCUCAUGCGCCAUUUACACCCGCCAACAGACACGACGGGAGAUACAACGGCACGAAGGCGAAAAGAACUCGGAACUUUAAUGUGCCCGUGGACAAGGACAAACAUUGGUUAGUUAGGCAAGGUCCGAACCCUUUGCCGGACAGUCUAUUGCCGAAAUUAGACGAGAUGUACAGGAGAAGGUGGGAAACUUUGUUGGCAGUAGACGAACUUGUUAAGAACGUGCACGACUUAUUGAAGGAGCGGAAUCUCUUGAACGACACGUACUUUAUUUACACCUCCGACAAUGGAUUUCACAUUGGACAGUUCAGCAUGCCGAGGGAUAAGCGUCAGCCUUAUGAAACGGAUAUACGAGUCCCAUUACUGAUAUCCGGUCCAGGAAUUAAGCCGUCUACGAUUUCCGCGCCGGUCAGCAGCGUGGAUAUCUUCGCCACGCUUGUACACAUAGCCGAUUUGAAGUUUCCGUCGGACGGUACAACAUUGCUCUCCGCUAGUCAUGAUUUGCUGAGAGACCGCACCGUCUUGAUAGAAUACAGAGGCGAGAAGUCCAAUAAGCCGGCGUCGUCCGGUUGUCCGAGCGACAGGGAUUUAAACGUCACGCUGUGCGAGAAGGAGAUGGCGUGCAAGUGUCAGGACGCCGCGAACAACACGUUCAGUUGCAUCCGUCGCGUCUCGCCGCAUUUCAACAACAUCUACUGCAUCUUCGAGGACAAUCAGCAAUUCGUCGAGGCUUACGACAUGAACGUUGACGAGUACCAAAUGACGAAUAUCGGGUAUACCAUGAGUGAAGAAGAGAGAUACAGAUUCAGGAAACAUCUCAAGAAAAUGUCGGUGUGUCAGAAAGCGGAUUGCAUUUUAACAGGAUCGGGAAGUGAUUUUGACGCAGUCACGUAUGUACACGCCCGUGCACCUUAUCGAUAAGAGCGCGAGAGUACCGGGCCGUCCUCCAAUCUCGACCUCCUCGAUUUACCGAUGAGCAAGACCCGCGCGUCUCGUCGUCACCACGGCCGCACUACG